GAGAGACAGAGAGAGAAAGACAGAGUGAGACAGACCAAGAGAGAGAACAGAGAGACAUAUUGGAAAAACUGAGUUUCUCCUGAUGGAGACCCAGAAAAACGUCUGGGUCUCUGUCCUGCUCCUGGUGGCUGGUUUACAGCUGAAUGUUACUGCAGGAUGCAACACUCAGUUAUGUAACCAGGCUGUGGUAGGCUCCAUAUUCGACUAUGGAGCGAAGAGCUUGAAUGACAGUGUAUACAUUCCCUUCCGUCAGUAUGCUGGGAAAUAUGUCCUCAUUGUCAAUGUGGCCACCUUCUGAGGACUUACAUCCCAGUAUUUGGAACUGAAUGCACUACAGGAGACGCUAAAAGAUCUGAACUUCAUCAUUCUCGGAUUUCCUUGUAAUCAGUUUGGGAAACAGGAACCUGGGGCUAAUCAUGAGAUCUUAUCCAUCCUAAAAUAUAUCCGUCCAGGCAAAGGAUUUGUUCCAAACUUCCAACUCUUUCAACGUGGUGAUGUGAAUGGCGAAAAGGAGCAAAGCCUUUUCACUUUCCUGAAGAAUGCCUGCCCACCUGCCGGUGACAGCUUUGGAAACCCCACUGGCAGACUGUUUUGGGAGCCAGUGAAAAUCAGUGACAUUAAGUGGAACUUCGAGAAGUUUCUGGUGGGCCCUGAUGGAAAGCCAAUAAUGAGGUGGUUUCCAAGUGUGAACGUUUCUGAAGUCCAGGCCGACAUCACGAAAUACAUCAAAUCAGCAUUAGUCCAAUAACUAAUCAACUCCAGAAUCUAAAAUUUCACAAAGUCCUCAGAUAACACUUCUAUAAUUUGUAUCUUUCCAAGUGGUUAGAUGAUGUUCUAUUGUGCCAAAAGUGUGAGAGAAACCAUUUUAAAAUUAGAUAAUCAAGUUUUAAGGUCAGUGUUCUUCAAUCCUGCUCCUUCAGGACCACAGAACUGACUGAUUUCUCGAGUUGAUUUGGGUCUGUUGAGAUGAAGAAAUUAUUUGGUUGUGCAGUAUUGUGGCCUUUCAGACUUCGGCACAUAGAAUACAGCUUUAGAUUUAAAAAAUAAUUAUAAGCGAUUCCUUUAGUGAGGCAAGUAGGAGCAUGGCACUGUGGUGGUUCUGGAGAUCUGGGUAUGUUCAUGAAGCUCAGGCUUAAAAGCAGGACUUUCUGCAAAGUCUGAUUGGAGACUGAGGGAUAAGAGCAGCUCUUCAGUGCAUUCAGGCUGCUUGGUUCUACUCAGACAUGUCUGGUUCUCCAGAGUGACCCAUCAAACCCUGCUCCCACCUGCAAGGGGAUCUUGUCAAUAAAGCAUUUAAGAAAA